AUGGCGCCUGAUACAACUUCGAUUCCUGGAUACACGAUAUUCCACGAGGAAGACUAUGGCUCGAGCUCUGCUGCCAGCCAGAUCAGUCGCAGAACACCUCACCCGUUGGACCAACUCUCGAUCGAGGAAAUCCCCCUGGCUGCCAAGCUGAUUCGAGACUAUGCGUCGCCCAAGUCCGUCAAGUUCAACUGCAUCACCCUGCGAGAACCGACAAAAAGCGAAUACUCUGCCUAUCGAAGGGGGACUGGCCCACGACCAGAGCGCCGCGCCUUUGCCAUCGUCCUUGAAGCCGGCACGUGCAAUUGCGCAGAGGCCGUCGUGAACCUGUCCAAGUCCAAGGUCGAGGAAUGGAAGGAAGUGAGCGAGGUCAUGCCAACAUUGACUCUGGAAGAUCUCGAUAUCAUGGAGCGUAUUUGCCGUGAAGAUGCUCGAGUGGUUGAGGCUUGCAAGGGCCUCGGCAUCACCGACAUGAGCAAAGUCUUCAUCGACGCCUGGGCAAUUGGUGUCGACGAGCGCUGGGGUUUCGAGCGUCGCCUUCAGCAAGGUCUUGCAUACUACCGCGAAUCUGCCUUUGACAACCAAUAUGCUCACCCGCUGGAUUUCUCCGUCACGGCCGAUACCGAGACAGAGGAGGUCUUGAGCGUUGAUAUUCGCACUGUCAAUGGCGAGCGCACCCCUGUUUCUCUCGAGGGCUCCAAUUUCUUGCCCGAGUUUAUCAGUGACGGAUACCGCCACGACCGACUGAAACCCAUCAACAUCACACAGCCUCAGGGUGUCUCCUUCCGCAUGCGUGGCAAUGAGCUUUCUUGGGCUGGAUACAAAAUGCACAUUGGCUUCAACUACCGCGAGGGAAUUGUCAUUUCGGAUGUUCGAAUCGACGAUCCUUACCAGGAGCGCGAGCGCACCCUUUUCAACAGAAUCAGCGUCGUGGAAAUGGUCGUUCCGUAUGGCAGUCCUGAAGCACCGCAUCACAAGAAGCAUGCAUUUGAUGUCGGUGAGUAUGGAUCUGGGUUCAUGACCAACUCGUUGAAACUUGGCUGUGAUUGUAAAGGAGCGAUCCAUUAUCUUGACGCCGUCAUGGCAACUGGAAAGGGCGAGGCGGCUAUGAUCAAGAACGCUAUCUGCAUUCACGAAGAGGACAACGGUUUGCUCUUUAAGCAUACCGAUUACCGCGACGGAACUGUUGUUUCAGCCCGUGACCGCAAACUCAUCGUCUCUCAAAUCAUCACUGCGGCAAAUUACGAAUACGGUUUCUACCACACCUUCACCCUAGACGGCACAUACAAGCUCGAGGUGAAGCUCACCGGUCAACUGAAUACGUACCCGAUGCAUAUAUCGGAACAAGCUGCUCCCUGGGGAACGGAAGUACAGCCACGUAUCAACGCGCAAAAUCAUCAGCACAUCUUCUCUCUGCGUGUGGAUCCGGAAAUCGAUGGAACAAACAACACAGUUGUUCAGUCUGAUGCCGUUCCGUCUGAGGAGCCGGUUGGUUCUCCAAACAAUUUCUACGGUAAUGCGUUCUACGCAAAGAAGACGCCACUUCUCACAGCUCUCGAAGGCGCAGUCGAUUAUUGCCACGAAACAAGCCGGUCAUGGGAUAUCGUCAACCCCAACAUUAUCAAUGAAGUAUGCCACAAGCCGGUGGGCUACAAGAUUCUCAACAACAACUGCCCUACUCUACUCUGCAAGCCAGGAAGUGUAGUCUGGAAGCGAGCUGGUUUUGCGCGCAAGUCUCUUUGGGUUGUUCCUUACAAGGACUACGAGCUAUUCCCAGCUGGAGACUACGUGUGCCAGUCUGAUGGGCGUGAGAAUCACCCGCACAACCAGACAAUUGUCGACUGGGCGGCGCGCAACGAGUCUAUCGAGAACACGGAUAUCGUUUGCUACAUGCAAUUUGGCCUUACACACUUCCCCCGGAUGGAAGACUACCCAAUCAUGCCGGCAGAGCCAGUCAGCAUUAUGCUGCGCGCAUCCAACUUUUUCGAUAAGAACCCUGCUCUAUGGGUGCCGCCUUCUGCGGUCUGCGUUGACACCGUCUCACAAAGCGCGUUUGCGUCUUCGUCAUGCUGCGCCGGGUCAAACGAGGCCUCGCGUGACCAGUCCAGGCUAUAA